AGCAUGUCGAAAACAAAGAUUAUAAACAAAACAUUAGCCGGGUUUUCUGAAUUUUCUGAAAUAAUCACAAAAAGGACGUUGAAUUAACUACUAAAUUUUAAAUUAGCCAUAAACGAUCGAAGCAAAGAUGACCACUGAAUUUCCGGAAUCGAAUCUGAUUCGAGCCAAAAUCAUUGAGAUCCUAGGCGACGAAAAUUCCAACAAAUACUUUACUCUCUUGAAGACAUGGUUCAGGAUGAAGAUGUCGAAGGAGGACUUUGAUUUCUAUGCAAGGAAACUGCUUCCUCCUGAAGCGGCACGACUCCACAACCACUUCUUGCUAUCUUUGCUGAACCAAUGCCAACCUCUUGCUGAAAGUCUCCGUCUGAGCAGCCCAUUCACAACCUCCAGCAAGGUCUUUUCUUCACCAGAGCCACCUUUGGGCCCUUUCGAGACAGUCGAGCCAGCAGCAUUUGUCAAAGAGUCUCGGCCUGCCAGGGCUCAGGCAGCGCAAGCCCCCUUGCCCCUGCAGACCCCCGUGCACUCUGAAGCGCACUUGCCCGACCUUGGCCUCAUGAUGGGCCGGCUGCUGGUGGCCGGAUGGGACCACGGCCUCCAAGGGGCACGUUACGAUGUGGCCCUGUGCCUCGUCGAGGCCACCAGGGGCAUUGUGAAGGCUGUCCUUGAAGCUGUGGUGCGUCUCAGAGGCGGCCACCGUUUGAGGGACGGCCGCUUUGCUUUUGGUCUUGGCAGCAGACCUCCGCCCCUUCUGCCCAGACAAGAAGGGCCUCCUUCAAAGAAGCCUCGACUGGAGGAGGCCGAGCAGCAAGCUGCACAGGAAUUGGCGGCCGCCUCUCCAGGCCAGGAGAAUGCACGCCAGCCCAUCAACCUCUUUGAUCUUUACCUUGCCCUGAAGGUCCAGCCGAAUGUGAUUCCGUCUACCUCUGUUCACGCUCGUCUUGUUGAAACCAUUUCGGCAAAAAUGCAGCACCCAAGCUUAGAAGAAAUGCAGGCUCUGAGUGUUGUUAAAAUGCAACCGUGAUAAUUAUUCACACAAAAUUGACUUUGUAUUACUUCAAAGAAAGACGAUUUCUGUAAAGCCGUGAUGUAUUUUAGUGAAACGGAUAAAUUAACCUCCUAUAAUAAAUUAAAAUAAUGCCAGUU